ACUACUUCUGCAAAGCGUCGUGCUUAUAUAUAUAUUAGUCCGCACUUUUGAGUCUUCAAUCAAGGAAAAGAUCUGUUUUUUUCUUGUAGCAAAAUGGAGAGUAAUGGCGUUGCUGAGGUUACAAAUGAGAAUGGUGGUUAUGAUCUUGCCUCGAUUCUGUUCUCUGCAGAAAGGGACUACCUUGUCCGCAACAAUGGUGAUCAGGUGAAACUCGAUAGCCUUAAAGGUAAGAUAGUCGGGUUGUAUUUCUCUGCUUCAUGGUGCGGUCCGUGCCAACGCUUCACUCCAGUCUUGGUGGAAGUCUACAACCAACUCCAAAAACACCACAACUUCGAGGUUGUGUUUGUCUCGGGAGAUGAAGACAAUGAGGCGUAUGAUGCGUAUUUCUCCAAGAUGCCCUGGCUUGCAAUCCCGUUUUCUGAUUCUGAGGCACGUGAGAAACUGGACGCAUUGUUCACUGUGAGUGGAAUACCCCACCUCGUGAUCCUGGACAAGGACGGAAAGGUACUGACAAACGAAGGAGUGGAAGUCAUCCAAGAAUAUGAGGAUGAAGCGUACCCUUUUUCUCCCGAGCAUAUUGGAAAACUGAGGGAGCAAGAAGCAGCAGCAAAGGCGAACCAGUCGCUGAAAACCUUACUCGUGUCUAAGUCGAGGGACUAUCUGAUAUCAGCCGACGGGAAGGAGGUGCCCGUAGCUGAACUUGAAGGUAAGACUAUCGGCUUAUAUUUCCUUUUGGCGACGUACAACGGUUGCCUCGCUUUCAAUCCAAAGCUCAUUGAAGCGUACAAGAGUUUGAAAGAAGAGGGAGAGAAUUUUGAGAUAGUGAUGAUACCUCUCGAUGAUGAUGAGCCGUCGUUUCAAGAAGAGUUUGCUUCCCUCCCGUGGUAUUCCUUGCCUGUCAAGGAUAAAUGCUGUUCCAAACUAGUGAGGUAUUUCGAGCUCAACAGCCUCCCUACGGUGGUUGUGAUCGGGCCGGAUGGGAAGACACUUCACCCGAACGUCGCUGAAGCCAUUGAGGAGCACGGCAUGAAGGCAUAUCCCUUCACACCCGAGAAAUUUGCUGAGCUUGAAGAGUUAGAAAAGGCGAAGCGCGAUGCACAAACACUCGAAUCCAUUUUGGUGUCUGAGGAUUGUGAUUUCGUGCUCGGGAAAGACGGCAUCAAGGUACCGGUUUCGGAUCUCGUUGGGAAAAACGUGCUGCUCUACUUUUCGGCACACUGGUGCCCGCCUUGCCGCGCGUUCCUUCCGAUGCUCAUCCAAGCGUAUAAAGAAAUCAAGGCAAAAGUCGAGGCCUUCGAAGUGAUAUUCAUCUCAAGCGACCGGGAUCAAGCCUCGUUCGAUGAGUUCUUCUCGAAGAUGCCAUGGCUCGCUCUCCCGUUCGGGGACAAACGGAAGCAAGCUCUAAGUAGCUUGUUCAAGGUACGAGGGAUCCCGAUGGUAGUCGCGAUCGGGCCAACCGGGAAAACCGUCACGACCGAUGCCCGAGAGCAAAUCAUGAGCCACGGUUCCGGAGCGUAUCCCUUCACGGUGGAACGGAUCAAGGAGAUUGAGGCCACGUACGAUAAAAUGGCGGAAGGGUGGCCGGAGAAGGUCGAGCACGAGUCUCAUCACCACGAGCUCGUUCUCACCAAGCGCCAGUUCUUCAACUGCGAUGGUUGCAGCGAGGAGGGGCGCAUAUGGUCGUACUAUUGCGACGAGUGCGACUUUGAUCUCCACCCGAAGUGCGCCUUGGGCAACGAGGGAGUCGGAGGCGGAGGCGAUGGAGGAGCAAAGGAAGAAGAUAAGGCCACUGCUCAAGGGUGGAUCUGUGAUGGUGAUAAGUGUUACAAAGAAUGAAAAAUGGAGGAAAACAAGGUGUGAAUGUUGCUGCAUAAGUACUAAAGUUUGCCUACACUCUUGAAAGUAAAAUUCACAUUGAAAAUGAUUGAAACUUUCAGUAGGAUACUAUGUUGUGUGGAUUUUAUUUAGUACUAUUGCGUAAGGUGUCUGGAAAUUGUAUCCUUGAGCAGUUAUGUGUUUGCAUACAUGUAUACUGAUUAUCAUUCAUGUGUGUGCAUGAUUUUGAAUAUUAUUACUACUCCUAAAAUUUGAUUUUA